CAGAUCCGCGGGGGUGGGGAGUCCACAAGUUUGAGUUUGGAUCUUUUUUUUUUUUUUUUUUGUCUUGGUGGAAAACCAUGGGAUUCGAGCUGGACCGCUUCAAGGGUACCGUGGACCCGGAUUUCAAAUGCAACUUGUGCAAUAAAGUCCUGGAGGACCCGCUGACGACUCCGUGCGGUCACGUCUUCUGCUCGGGCUGCGUGCUGCCCUGGGUCGUUCAGCAGAGCAGCUGCCCCGUCAAAUGCCAGCGGAUCUCCACCAAGGAGCUGAACCACGUCCUGCCUCUGAAAAACCUCAUCCUGAAGCUGGAGAUCAAAUGUGACAACCACGCGAGGGGCUGCGAUGCGGUGGUGAAGCUGCAGCAUCUGGCCGAGCACGCCGAGAUGUGCGAGUACUCCCCGGCCAAGUGCAGGAAUAAAGGAUGCAGCGAGGAGCUCAACCUGCGGGACAUGGAUGCUCACAUGCGGGAGACUUGCGACUACAGACCGGUGGGGAUUUGCGAGAGCGGCUGCGGGCUGAUGCUCACCCAGAAAGAGCAGAAAUUCAACAGCCACUGCUGCCUGAGAGCCCUGAAGGCGCACAACAGCGCGCUGCACUGCAAGAUCAUCAUCCUGGAUAGAGAGUUCAAGAAGCAGACUAUUAAAGCCAACAAGAGGGAGAAGUCACUUCUGGCACAACUUUCCGCCGUGCACAGCGAGCUGCAGAUGACAGCGCUGAAAUAUCAGAAGAAAUUCACCGAGUACAGCGACAGGAUCGACUCCCUCACCAAGACGGUGGCUUUCUCCUGCAAGGAAGGCGAGACUAAAAGCGUGACGGUUGUCCUUCUUCGUGAGGGUGGAUCUCUGGGUUUUAACAUCAUAGGAGGAAGGCCAUGCGCGGAUGACAAUGACAGCACUUCAAAUGAAGGGAUCUUUGUGUCCAAGAUCGUCGAGAAAGGUCCAGCAGACAAGGAGGGCGGCCUUCAAAUCCACGACAGAAUAAUAGAGGUCAAUGGCAAGGACCUCUCCAAGGCCACCCACGACCAGGCGGUGGAGGCGUUCCGCACCGCCAAGGAGCCCAUCAUGGUCCAGGUUCUGCGCCGGGCCCCUUACCCCAAGCUGGUCGGCCCCGCCGCCGACACCCAGCUCUCGGACAUCAGCACCCAGACCGACAUCACCCUCCAGCACAUCAUGGCCCUUACCAAGCUGCCUCCCUCCUCGCCCCCCAUGACGGAGCUGGAUGACUACCUGCUUCCAGAGGAGCAUGCUCCGGGACAUGCGUACUUCGACCCCAACGACUUCCUUGAGGGCAUACAGCAGGACAUCGAGCGCGAGGAGCUGGAGUAUGAGGAGGUGGAUUUGUACCGAGCCAACAUCCAAGACAAGCUCGGCCUGACGAUCUGUUACAGGACUGACGAUGAGGACGAGGCUGGAAUCUACAUCAGUGAGAUUGAUCCAAACAGCAUCGCUGCAAAGGACGGCAGAAUUAGAGAAGGGGACAAAAUUAUACAGAUCAAUGGCAUUGAGAUCCAAAAUCGAGAGGACGCCGUAGCCCUGCUGACCAGCGAGAGCAACCAGAAUAUCUCUCUGUUGGUGGCCAGACCAGAGAUCCAGCUGGACGAGGGCUGGAUGGAUGAUGACAGGAACGACUUCCUGGAUGACCUCCACAUGGAUAUGCUCGAGCAGCAGCACCAUCAGGCCAUGCAGUUCACUGCCAGCAUGCUGCAGCAGAAGAAGCAUGAGGAGGACGGCGGCACCACCGACACCGCCACGCUGCUCUCCAACCACCACGAGAAGGACAGCGGUGUCGGUCGCACGGACGAGAGCACGCGAAACGACGAGAGCUCGGAGCAGGAGAACCUCGGCGACGACCAGACCACGGCCUCCAACACGCUGGGCAGCUGCAGGAAGCUGACCUACAGCCAGGACACCCUCGGCAGCACCGACCUGCCCUUCAGCAGCGAGUCAUUCAUCUCCGCCGACUACGCCGACACCGACUUUCUGGGCAUCCCGGCCGACGAGUGCGAGCGCUUCAGAGAACUCCUGGAGCUGAAGUGUCAGAUGAGGAGCAGCGGCGCCCAGGGUCUGUGCUGCCAGGUUGGCGGGGCGGGAGGUCAGGACCAGGAGGGUGUGGACAAGGAGCUGGAGCUGCUCAACGAGGAGCUGCGCACCAUCGAGCUGGAGUGCCUGAACAUCGUCCGCGCCCACAAGAUGCAGCAGCUGAGGGAGCAGUGCCGCGAGUCCUGGAUGCUCCACAACAGCGGGUUCCGCAACUACAAUACUAGCAUAGACGCUCGGCGCCACGAGCUGUCAGACAUCACAGAGCUGCCAGAGAAAUCUGACAAGGACAGCUCCAGUGCGUACAACACUGGUGAGAGCUGCCGCAGCACCCCUCUGACUCUGGAACUGUCUCCAGAUAACUCACUCCGCCGAGGAGCAGAGAACCAGGGUCCAGCUGGAACAUCCGGAUCCACCAGCUCCAACGGCAGGAUGCUCAAGCCCCUUCUGUCCCCUGUACAGGAAGCCUGUGGCCCCAGCCGGAGCAGAGGUUCCUCCAAGGACCCAGAUGGAGCACUGCAGGCGGAGAGCAAGGAGAGGAAGCUGGGAGAGUCCAGUAAGAAUGGCCGUGGCUUUUCCCAUUCCCCUUACAAGCACGCUCACAUCCCCGCUCACGCCCAGCACUACCAGAGCUACAUGCAGCUGAUCCAGCAGAAAUCCGCUGUAGAGUACGCCCAGAGCCAAAUGAGUCUGGUCAGCAUGUGCCGGGACCCCAUUAGCCCUAGCGAUCUGGAGCCCAAGAUGGAGUGGAAGGUGAAGAUCCGCAGCGAUGGCACGCGUUACAUUACAAAGCGACCCGUUCGGGACAAGCUGCUGAGGGAGCGCGCCCUUCGAAUUCACGAGGAGCGCAGCGGCAUGACCACAGACGACGACGCCAUAAGCGAGCUGAAGAUGGGCCGCUACUGGAGCAAAGAAGAGAGGAAGCAGCACGCAGUUCGCGCCAAGGAGCAGAGGCAGCGCCGCGAGUUCAUGAAGCAGAGCCGAGCCGAUUGUCUGAAGGAUCUGUCCGGCCCAGAAGACAAAAAGGAGCCCAACAUCAUCGAACUCAGCCACAAAAAGAUGAUGAAAAAGAGGAAUAAGAAAAUAUUUGACAACUGGAUGACCAUCCAGGAACUGCUGACCCACGGUACCAAGUCACCAGACGGCACAAGAGUUUACAACUCACUCCUGUCUGUGACCACAGUUUAAGUCCUGCUCUGAGUUCAGGUGGCAGGUCGGUCAGAGGAGGACGAACUGAACUGUAAUGGACUGUACAUAGGACGCUACCAGAAGGGGUAGAGAUUCCUGCCUCGUUCAAUGUGGCAACAUUGUGUAAAUAGGAAAUAAGGAAAGCCUUUUCUGGACGAACAUUUAAAUGGUGGUUGGACAUGACGUGAAUCGGACAUGGCUACUGAAGGAGGAUGAUUUUGAAAACAAUUUUCAAUAACCUUUUCUACCCUUGUGCUUGCUCUUUUGGAUAUUUUUGUGGAAACAAAAACACAAUAUUUGACUUUUUUGGAAGGUUUUGAAAGUGUGUAAAGACCGUGUGCCAUACAUAAACAACCAGCAUUUACACUAUUUUACUUUAUCUUGUUUGUACUAUAUAUCUUAUCAGUAUUUUACUGUUACACAUACUUAAUGCUUUUAUGGAAAUAAUGCUAUUUUCCUGCAAGGUAGAACAUGUACUCCUUUUCAAAAGGACUUUUUGUAAAUUAAGAAAAUACAAUUUUUGUAUCAAAUUCCCUUUUUUUAGUUUGAAUUUCUCUCAAAAGGUGCUGAUUUCCCAAAGUUAAACACUACCAGCGAUGUACCAUCUGUUACAUAAUGUAGAGAACAUCAUAACAUGAUGCCAUUGUGUAUGUACGUAUAUCUAGAGAGAGUCGCUUCUCACUUUGUUGAAAUUGAAAUGUCUGUGUUUGUUCAAGCACACAUUGUAGUCGCUUUUGUAGGGUUUCAUGUAUUGAGCAGAAUAACAGCGUAACAAAUCCUUAGUUAGCCACACAAUUUGAUGUCCUGUAAAAUGAGAGAAAUAAUAAAUUAUUGUUUUAUAUAUGAUGAGCUUUGAAA